AUGGGCGAUAAAAACGUUCGAAAAAAGAGAAAAAGAUCAAAAGAAGAAACCACCUCCAACUCCCCAAGCACAAAGGUUGCCGAGAUAAAUUACCACAAACCUAGUGCAAUCGCAAAACCUCAUGCAAGCGGAAGAAAGUAUACGGUUAGCGUAGCAUUACCCGGGUCUAUAGUUGAGAACGCUCAAUCCCUUGAGUUGAAGACGCUUCUGGCUGGACAGGAAUCAUUUGCAAUUUUUAACGUUGACGAAGUCGUAAUUUUCAAUGAAUCGAUACAUAAAACCAACCGCGCCGUCGAAUCGCCUAAUACUUCUGACACAUCUACAGACCCAAACGUGUUUCUCGCGCGAAUAUUUCAAUACUUGGAAACGCCACAGUAUUUGAGGAAAUCCCUUUUUCCUGUUCAUAAGGACUUGCAGUAUGCAGGUUUACUGAACCCACUAGAUUGCCCUCAUCACGUGAGACAGGAAGAAAAGAGUCCAUUUCGCGAGGGUGUCGUAAUUGAAAAAAAGCUACCGAACGGUGAUGGAGCACUUGUCAAUGCUGGAUUAAAAAAGUAUGUUCAAAUUCAACGAAAGGUGAAGCCAGGCGUACGCGUCACUUUGGAUAUGAAGGAUUACACAACGCAAGCCAAGUAUUAUCAAGCACUUGCUGUAUCACCAAAAACUCCACGUGAAGUUGCUGGGUUAUAUUGGGGUUACGACAUAAGAAUGGCUGAUUCAAUAUCCAAAGUAUUCACACAUUGUCCAUAUCCAGGAGGCUAUGAUGUAACAAUCGGAACGUCGGAACGAGGACGAUCAAUUGAUGAUGUUUUGAGCGGGAUACCAGAAUUCAACCACUUGCUGGUAGUAUUUGGCGGUUUGGGCGGAUUGGAGGUUGCUAUUGAUGCGGAUGAUGAUUUGAAAUGCUCGGCGGAGGAUGCCGACGCGCUAUUUGAUUUUUGGGUCAAUACCUGUCCAAAUCAAGGAAGCAGAACCAUUCGAACAGAG